AUGCGGGAUAUAGCAGCCCCGAUACUCAACACAACAACCACAUUCGACCGUACAAUGUCCAUGGAACCCAACUUUCUCCCUCUCUCCCUUCUCACCUUCCUCACCAGCAGGCUUAAAAUACCCAUCCAGUGGUUUUCUCAUCGCAACCACAACUCCGCCGACAACACCUUCCCCUCUCAGCACAAUUCUCCCGCCCAAACAUCCACUCAAAAGAACGACUACGUUGGUCCCGAUACUCUCGUAACAAUCGUAUCUCACACACAGCAGGAGCAUAUAUCAAUUGCAAAUGAUCAUACUUGGCUAGGCGACUCUGAUGCGCCCGGUACUCUUUGCGCAACGUGUCAAGAUGUUCGUCUAACCGCGUAA